AUCAAAUAGCUGUUACAAAAUUAAUGCAGCCAUAUUUGUAGUGAAAAUUCCACUGGUGGAAAGUAACUAAGUACAUUCAUUGAAGGUGAGUAUUUCUUACCAUUCCAUGGUAAGAAGUUUCAUUUCCAACUUUGGUUACUUUUCAGAAUCAGAUUAACAAAACAAAAUGUACAGUAUAAUCACAAGACUUUAUUGAUCCCUGGUGGGGAGUUCACAUGUUACCCAGCUGUAUGUAAAGUGUUUCAAAGUAUAUGUAUACAAGGUGGUUAACAUUAGCUCCACCUUUAUCAGCUGCAAUAUUGAAGUGAUGACCACAUGCAUCAACUAUAAUCCAAUAACAUGAUAUACAUUAAUGUGAAAUGUACCAUUCUUCUUCAAGUGUAUUUUGAUACUGACAGGCUACUCGGCUACUUUAACAUUGUGAAAGCAGAGCUUUUACUUGUGACUGAACGGGCCUGGGCUGAGAUGUAAAAAGACAAAAAAAAAAAGAGACAGGCUGCAGACUGUAGGAGGGUGGGUCCAUUUACAUGUCUGUCCCCAGCCGCACAUUGUAUUACAAUUCGUGUAUGCUUAUUACAGAGUGGUUUUUUUUUUUUUUUUACUAUUUUUAUUUUACUUAGGUUAAAAAAAACCUGUGUAGCUUCUUCCACCACUGUAAACGUUCCAAAGGCAGUAUAGCCUGUUUAGGCUUUAUUAAAGCAUCUUUCAUCUGAUGCCUGAUGGACAGGUUUUCUCUAAAGCCACGAAUAACCCUGUCUCUCCACACCCACGACUUCCUUCUUUCUAAUCACCUUUUGUGGUAACAAAAUAACGGGCGGGGAAACAGUAACAAUAGCUUUGUGACGUUUUCACUGGAAACUGAAACAUACCCGUCUGCCUGGGAGGAGAGAGGAGAGCUCUUACGUCACACGGUCUUUGUCGCCGCCACAUCACUUGCUGCAUUCAGGUGUCCUUUGAAGCUCGGAAAUACUUUAACUGCAAACUCGGGAGCCAUUAUCGUCGUGUUUUGGGGCAUAAUAUCAACAUUAUCGUGGUACCUUAUAAAAAAGAGACUGUAUUUUCUUUUUAGUAAUCGCGCCCAAUUGCGUUAUUACGUUAACUUGAAUGCAAAUAGAGCGUAAAGCAGCGUUGUGCAUGCUUCAUAAAUUUAAGGAGAUUUUUUUUUGUAAAGUCGUCUUACAACAGUAGCCUGCUAAUCUGCAAAAGACGUCCCUAACGACCACAGCAUCUCACGUGGAGUAGCUGUCAGUUUCCUUGCCUAAAUACUGUUCUUCUCAUGGUGUAGUUAUAAUAUUCUCGACUGCACUUGAACGCCUGAGCUGCCAGAGCAGGUUUUACGGAGGGGGAAGAGAAUCAUUUGAGAUUCGGCUUUAACAAUAUCUAAAUAGACAGGGUAUAUUUCGGCACAUAAUAGGCUACGCAAGGCAGUCAAAUUAAUAACGUUAUUUUUCAAAUUAAUAGCUAUUUGAGUCCGUAAUCGAGGUGAUAUACCUCUUGAAAAUGCUCCAGUCUCUAGCCAGCAAUUCUUGUGUGCGUUUGAUACAGAAUCACAAAUCGACGUGGUAUUUUGUCUUUCUAGUCUUAGGGUAUCUCCUUUAUCUCAUAUUCGGAGCUGUUGUGUUUUCUUCGGUCGAGCUGCCUUAUGAAGACCUCCUGCGUCAGGAGCUGAGGGCCAUUAAAAAACAGUUCCUGCUGGAACAUGACUGUCUGUCCGAGGAGCGUCUGGAGCGGUUUCUAAAGAAGGCACUGGAUGCUAGUAAUUACGGGGUCUCCAUCCUCAAUAACACCUCAGCUAACUGGAACUGGGACUUCACGUCUGCGCUGUUUUUUGCGAGCACCGUGCUGUCCACCACAGGAUAUGGUCACACGGCGCCUCUGUCAGAUGGUGGGAAGGCCUUCUGCAUUAUCUACUCAGUGAUUGGCAUCCCCUUCACCCUCCUCUUCCUCACUGCUGUGGUGCAAAGGAUCAUGGUGUUCAGCACACGAAGGCCAAUUAUGUAUAUCCACACACGCUGGGGCCUGUCCAAGCCGCUGGUGGCCAUCGUUCACGCCACUCUGCUUGCCAUGCUGGCAGUGUCUUGCUUCUUCCUCAUCCCCGCCGCCAUCUUCUCAGCACUAGAGGAGAACUGGAACUUCCUCGAAUCCUUCUACUUCUGCUUCAUUUCCCUCAGCACCAUCGGACUGGGGGACUAUGUACCUGGAGAGGCCGCUAAUCAGAAGUUCAGGGAGCUGUACAAAGUGGGCAUCACCGUCUACCUGAUCCUGGGUCUGAUAGUCAUGCUGGUGGUGCUGGAGACCUUCUGUGAGCUGCAGCAACUCAAACAGCUGAGGAAGAUGUUCUACCUGAAGAAGGAAAAGCCGCAGGACCGCCUCGCCAUUUUGGAGCACGACCACCUGUCCUUCACCACCAUGUCCAACACAGCCCACAGUGAUGACAAAACUCAGCCAUAUGUCCCAGCUCUGGCUUCUCCCGGUGAUGAUCCCAUGAUCCAGUAAAUAUUCAGCAAGACGGCUACUGAAGGAUGAAAGUUUGGGGUCAUGCACACAAGAUUAUACAUAGAUGAAAUGACUAGAUCAGAAGUCUCAAUUGUAGGUAUUCUGCAAAGUUCAUCACUGCACAUUUUAAUAGUAAAGCUAGGCCAUUCAGCUCAAGCAACCAGUGACCUUUACUGAACUACCAUUCUGCUAGUAUAGUGCUGUGUACAUUAAUAGUCACUAUUGACAAAGUCAGGGAUACUAUAAAACCCUGUAUUUCUGACUCAAACUCCUGUAUGUGCUGUACUAUUGAUUGCAUUUUCAAGAACAUUUAAAAAAGUAAUUGGUCUCAUAAAUUGAGAUGAAACAUAGAUCAGUUUGCCAUAGUCUCUCAGAAAAAUACUACAUGAAUAUGUACCAUAUAUAUCUUAGCAAUGAUUGACAGCUAUGUGGGAUGUACAUAAUCAGGUAAAUGCUUGAGGAUUUACAGUAUUGUGCCAUCUAGAAUCAAUAGGCCUGUUAAAGAUGAGGCAUGAGUGAUUUCAGUUCAGGUUUGUCCCCCUGCCCAUGGCAUGCUCGUUUUGCUCAUUUCCAGCCAUUUAAUGUUUAAUCUUGGCUACCUCUAGAUUAGCUUGGCACCCCUUAUAACUAAAAUAGUCAAAUUAUUUCAGAAUCAUAAAAUAGUUCGUGAACGUGCACAGCUCCUGCCGGCGGUGUUGUGACGCAAGUGAACAGCACAACGAACCACCACGGCAUUAAUUCAUAUCAAUUUCUCCUUCAUAGAUAGGUAAACAACGGUGUAUGUAUUGAUGAAAAGAGAUGUGUAACACUCUAAACAAAGCAGGUAAUUGAGAA